AUGUGUGAUCAUAAACAUUUAGUUGACAAAGUAGAUAGAUUAGUAUUACCAGAUAAUAUCGUACCAAGUAAAUACGAUUUACAUCUUAGACCAAAUUUAAAGGAUUUUGUAUUCAGCGGCAAAGUUGACAUUACAAUCAAUAUUGUUAAACCAACCAAAAAAAUCAUUAUCCAUUCAAUUGACAUUGAAAUUCAAUCAGUAAAGAUCUUAAAUCAACAAGCUACUUCCGUUACCUACUAUGAACCAGAAGAAGUUGCAAUUUUAGAAUUCCAAGAUGAAUUACCAGUUACAGAAAAUACAAUUCUCUCCAUUGAUUUCACUGGUAUUUUAAAUGACAAAUUAAAAGGUUUCUAUCGUUCAAAAUAUGUUGUCAAUGGUGAAGAUCGUUAUAUUGGUACCACUCAAUUCGAAGCCACUGAUGCUCGUCGUGCUUUCCCAUGUUUUGAUGAACCUGCUUUAAAAUCUUUCUUUAAUAUUAAAAUCACUAUUUCAUCUCAUUUAACUGCUCUUUCAAAUAUGGAUACAACUUCUGUAAUUGAAAAUAAUGAUGGUACUAAAACCUUUAUUUUUGAACAAACUCCAAAGAUGAGUACUUAUAUUGUUGCAUUUAUAGUUGGUGAAUUCGAUCAUAUUGAGUCACAUACUAAAGAAGGUAUUAGAGUUAGAGUUUACAAAUGUGUUGGUAAUAAAGAAUCAAGUGAAUUUGCUUUAGAUGUUGCCACCAAAUCAUUAUCUUAUUUCAUUGAUUACUUUGGUAUUCCAUAUCCAUUAAAUAAAUGUGAUCACAUUGCCAUUCCAGACUUCUCCUUUGGAGCUAUGGAAAACUGGGGUUUAAUUACUUAUCGUGAAUCAAUUUUAUUAACAUCAGAUAAAACUACUCUUCGUACUAAACAAAGAAUUGCUAAUGUAAUUGGUCAUGAAUUAGCACAUCAAUGGUUUGGUAAUUUAGUAACAAUGGAAUGGUGGAGUCAAUUAUGGUUAAAUGAAGGUUUUGCAACAUUUAUGGGAUAUUUAUCAACUCAUCAUUUAUUCCCAGAAUGGGAAGUUUGGAAUGAUUUCUCUGAUUGUUAUAGAAAUGGUGCACUUCGUUUAGAUGCUUUAGAGAAUUCACAUGCAAUUGAAGUACCAGUACGUCUUUCGUCUCAAAUUUCAGAAAUUUUUGAUGCCAUUUCUUAUAACAAAGGUUCAUGUGUAAUUCAAAUGUUAGAGAGUCGUUUCGGUGAAUCAUUUAGAAAAGGUCUUCAUCAUUAUUUGGAUACUCAUUCCUAUAAGAAUACCAAUACCGAUGAUCUUUGGGCUUCAAUUUCAUUGAUUAGUGGUGUUGAUGUUAAAUCAUUCAUUGAUUCAUUCACAAAGUAUCCAGGUUAUCCAGUAGUUUCAUUCACUCCAACUUCAACUGAAGGUACCUUUGAAUUAUCUCAAAAGAAAUUUAGAUUACAAGGUUCUGAGAAAUCUGAUGAUCCAAUUUGGAAUUGUUUCAUUAGAUUCCAAACUGGUAAUGCUGGUCAACAUGAAUUCAUCUUGGAGAAGAAAUCCGAUACCGUAACAAUUCCAAACUUUAAAAAUGGUGAUUGGAUUAAACCAAACUAUGGUCAAACUGGUUAUUUCCGUAUUGCCUACUCACCUGAAACUAUCAAAGCAUUGGUUCCAAAGAUUAAAUCAAUGGAAAUUCCAACUCCAGAUCGUUUAGGUUUAUUAUCAGAUGUUUUCAAUCUUUGCAAGGCACACACUUCUUCCAUCUCUGCCUAUAUGGAUUUAGUUUUGGCUUUUGAAGAUGAAAAGGAAAGUAAUGUUUGGGAUUUCAUUAUCGAUAGUCUUGGUUCUAUUCAAACUUUAAUUGAAGAUCAACCAUACUCAAGUAGAUUCAAUGAAAUCUUUGUUCAACUUUUGAAACCACUUUCAAAACGUUUAGGUUUCGAGCCAACCAAAGGUGAACCAUCUUCAGAUACCUUGUUAAGAGAUAAAGUAAACACUAAAUUGGGUAUGUUGGGUGAUGCUGAUAUCGUUGCUGAAUGUAAGAAAAGAUUCGAAGCUUUCAAAGCAGACUCUUCAAGUUUACCAUCAGAUAUUCGUUCUACAGUACUUGCUACAAUCGUAAAGAAUGGUGGUGAAGCUGAUCAACAAAUCAUCAUUGAUCAAUAUCUUAAAUCUUCUUUAGUCGCUGAAAAGAAUUCUUACCUUUUGGUACUUGCUUUGGCUCCAAAAGAGGAAUUGGUUGAAAAAGCCCUCAAUUUCGCUUUAUCUCCAUCCGUUAGAAGUCAAGAUAGUUAUAUGGUUUUCUUUACCCUCCCAAAUCGUGUUCGUCAAUUCGCUUGGGCUUACCUCACCAAAAACUUUAAUCAAAUCAACGAAACAUUUAAAAACUCUCCUUUGUUUGGUCGUAUCAUUGGUAGUUGUCUCACCUCUAAAAUGGAUGAUUCUCAAUACAAUGAAGUCGUCAACUUUUUCAAAGAUCAUCCAGUUCCAAUUGCUGAUCGUUCAAUUAAACAAGAUUUAGAAAUGGUUACAAUUAAUUCAAAUUGGUUCAAAGCUUUUAAUCAAGAUUUAUCAAAUUGGAUUCAAUCAAAAUAA